UCAAGUGAUGUUCGUUUGGCUGCCUGGGGCUCGAGGAUAUAGAGCGACCAACGUUUUUUUUGGAGCAAGCAUUGAUUACGCGCGACACGGUCUCAAUUUGCGGGACGCAUGAAUUGGGCUUCAAACGCUGUGCGCGCACGCGCUACGCGGAACGGGUGGUCGCCCUAAAUCUGUCUGACCUGGGCUGGCACAUGUGCACGAGCACUACGGUCACGCCGCACUGUGUACAAAUGCAAAUCAAGUGUGCACGUUUGACAAAGGACCAAAAGCCAGCUGAAAGAGGAGCUGCUGAAGACACGAGCUCAGGAAUGGCCUCGACUGAACCCUUUUAGUCACAUUUUGGUGUCUGGUUUUUGGUUUCCUCAGCUAAACUUGUGACAGUAUCAGUCAUGUCGGAGGAAGAAAAACUGUCCUACAGCGAAGCCAUUAAGAAGGCGUACGCGUCCGUAUCUCGCUUCCCUCUCUUCCCCGUCAGAGGAAUUCCUCUCAUGAGCCUCAUCGCCCAAAACUGGGACUCCAUCUGGGCUUUCCGUCCGGAGCCCUCAGACCUCCUCAUCGCCACCUACCCCAAAGCAGGGACCACAUGGACCCAGGAGAUAAUUGACCUUCUUUUUCACAACGGAGAUGCCGAGGCCUGCAAACGAGUCCCAACACCCCUCCGCAGUCCUUUCCUAGAGAGCUUCAACCCGCCACCUGUACCCUCAGGUCUUGAUCUUCUGAAGGAAAUGGAUCCUCCAAGAAUCAUCAAAACACAUCUUCCUUUUCAGUUGGUGCCUCCUGGAUUUUGGGAGAACAAGUGCAAGGCUAUCUACGUGGCACGCAAUGCUAAAGACAACCUAGUGAGCUACUACCAUUUUGAUUGUAUGAACAUGACCCAGCCUGACCCAGGACCCUGGGAAGGCUACAUACCUAAGUUCAUGCGAGGAGAGUUGGCAUGGGGCUCCUGGUAUGACCAUGUGAAAGGUUACUGGAUGAAGAGAGAGAAGAAGAAUAUCCUUUACCUCUUCUAUGAGGACAUGAAAGGGAAUCCUCAGCGUGAAGUGGAGCGCAUCAUGAGGUACCUGGACUUGUCGGUCUCUGAUGAGAUCAUCAGCCAAAUUGUGGAGCUCACGUCCUUUAAGAACAUGAAGGAGAACCCGAUGGCCAACUACUCCUGGAUCCCAGCUGUUGUCUUUGAUCAGUCAAUCUCCCCCUUCAUGAGAAAAGGUGAAGUAGGGGAUUGGAGAAACCAUUUUACACCCGAACAAUCAAAGAUGUUUGAUGAAGAUUAUGAAAAGCAAAUGAAUGAUGUCAACAUACCAUUCAGGACCCUCAUCUAACGGAUUUUGGCUUUUCCAAACGGAUGCAGCUCUGCAAACCAAAGACCGGUGGACUGACACUGUGCAGCACUACUGUCAGAAAUUUGGCACAAGCUAAAUACCAAAACAAAAAUGAAUACAAAUAAAUGAGUUUGAUCCUUUAUGUAGAACACUGUAAUCUCUUUAUGUGUCGAUACAUCCAAAUGUUAUGUUCAACCAAUUGUUUAACCCAUUGUUUAAUCAAUAAAAAUGUACUCCAUAAUACAAGUAAA